AUGAUGCAAAAUAAGGAUUCAACAGAAGAUAAAUCAAUAACGAAGAAUCCAAUUUUCGGAGAAGAACUAAGAGCCAGUGGAGAAGGCAAUCUAUCACCAACGGGCCCGUCUUCUCCGGUCCAACCGCACAAUAAUGCUGACAGUCCUGGGGACUCUACAAAGGUCACACCGUCCGAGGCCACCGCACAUGUGACAUUGUCAAAUUUCAAAGAAACUGACGAUGCUCGAAUGGGCUGGAAGGCAUACGUAAAAUUUUCUAUCUUGGUGCUCAUCCUUCUUUCGAUUGUUGCAGUUGGUUACAUAUUAGCAAUGCCUUACUUGAAACCUGAUGCAAAUACCAAGCCGGCUCUGUCAAUCAACAAUGGCGCUGGUGAAGGAGUAUCAACAACAACAGCAACAACAACAACAACAGCUCCUUCCUUGUAUCCGACCAUCACGCCAAGCGCCAAUCCGUCUUUACCUAUCAGUCCAAGUGAUAGACCCAGUGAUCUUCCAUCCACAAGGCCAACAGCUCGACCAACUAACCUUGCUUCCAAUAACCCAACCAUUGCCACCCAGUCUCCAACAUUGACGAGCAGCUUCAGCCCAACAUCCAGUCCCACCUUUGACAAUACCACCACCAUCUUUUAUGCCAUUGGCGAUGUCCCCUAUCGCAGUGUCGAAAAGGUGGAAUUGGCGCAACGAAUGAGGGAAUUGCCACAAGAUGGCGACUUUUUGAUUCAUGUGGGCGACUUUCGUUCGGCCGCCGAUCCAACCAUUCGAUGUAGUUUCAAGGAUUACUUGGACGUUCGAAGGAUUCUCUUGGAAUCCAAAAUUCCAGUCUUCAUUGUUCCGGGAGACAAUGAAUGGAACGAUUGUCCCAAUCCAAUUCAAGGCAUGUCGUACUGGGUGGAAGCCUUUAGUAGUUUUGAGAGAAAUUGGAAGCAUUCGUUGCAAGUGGAACGUCAUUCCAUUUGGCCCGAGAACUUUUUCUUUUCCCACAAGUCUUGUUUGUAUUUUGGACUAAACUUGGUGGGUGGGGCCAUUCACAUUUCCGACAGCAACAAGACAGAGUAUUCGACCCAAUUGAGAAUGCAAUUUGAGUGGGUGAAGUCGAAAAUUGACCAGCACAUUGUUGAUGUGAGCACCAGCAGCACCAGCGCCAAUAGUAGGAUUGUCAUAUUUGGGCACGCCUUUCCGGUGAGCACGCACGAUGCCUUUUUUGAUCCACUCCAGCAAUAUGUCAGGGAGACACUUUUGGACCAAGUUCCGAUAUUGUACUUGAAUGGCGACAAUCAUUACUAUGAGUUUGAACCCAACUACAGGGGUUUGAAAAGUGUGCAAAGGUUGCAAGUCGAUUGGGGUACGACCAAUCCACCACUGAAAGUGAUGUUAUCACCUCCAAUGAUGACGAUGGCGGGCUCCAAGAAUAUCCUCAAUGAUACUUUUUCUCAUGACCGAAUGCUUGGGGCAUGA